AUGGCGUUCCAAAACAUGGACGUGAUGCUCGAUCGGUGCAGGUUUCACAUGGGGAGGCAGCCGCUGGUGAUCGUGGCGAACGCGGAGCUGUGCAAGGAGGUGGGCAUCAAGAAGUUCAAGGACAUCCGCAACCGGAGCACCCCGCCGCCGACGGUGGGGUCGCUGCACCAGGACGCGCUCUUCCUCACCCGGGACUCCACGUGGUCCUCCAUGAGGAACACGGUGGUCCCGCUCUACCAGCCGGCCAGGCUCGCCGGCCUCGUCCCGACGAUGCAGCCCUACGUGAACGCGCUGGUGGACAGCGUCGCCGCCUGCCCGGACCAGGACUGCGUCCCCUUCUGCCAGCUCUCGCUGCGCAUGGCCAUCGACAUCAUCGGCAGGACGGCCUUCGGCAUCGACUUCGGCCUCUGCAAGAAGGUCGCCGCUGCGGACGGCGGCGAGGACGUGAGGGGGUUCCUGGAGGAGUACAAGAGGUCCAUGGAGUUCAUCAAGAUGGACCUGUCCAGCUCGCUGUCCACCAUCCUCGGGCUCUUCCUCCCGUGCGUGCAGACGCCGUGCAAGCGCCUGCUGCGGCGGGUGCCCGGCACGGCGGACUACAAGAUGGAGGAGAACGAGCGCCUGCUGUGCCGCCGCAUCGACGUCAUCAUCGCCGGCCGGCGCAGGGAGCGCGAGAACAGCGCCUCCCCGUCGGGCGCCGCGCUGGACUUCAUCGCGGCGCUGCUGGACGCGAGGGAGAGCGGCGCCAGGGACGUGGCGCUGGAGGACAGGCACGUGCGCGCGCUGGCGUACGAGCACCUCAUCGCCGGGACCAAGACGACGGCGUUCACGGUGUCGUCGGUGGUGUACCUCGUGUCGUGCCACCCGCGCGUGGAGGGGAAGCUGCUGGCGGAGGUGGACGCGUUCGGCGGCGCGGCCCCCGACGCCGACGACCUCCAGGAUCGGUUCCCGUACCUGGACCUGGUGAUCAAGGAGGCCAUGAGGUUCCACCUGGUGUCGCCGCUGAUCGCCAGGGAGACCUCGGAGGAGGUGGAGAUCGCCGGGUACCGCCUCCCGAAGGGCACGUACGUGUGGCUGGCGCCGGGGGUGCUGGCCCGCGACGCGCGGCAGUUCCCGGGGCCGGAGGAGUUCCGGCCGGAGCGGUUCGCGGCGGAGGGGGAGGAGGAGCGGGCGCGGCACCCUUACGCGCACAUCCCCUUCGGCAUCGGGCCGAGGGCGUGCGUGGGGCACAGGUUCGCGCUGCAGCAGGUGAAGCUCGCCGUGGUGCACCUGUACCGACGGUACGUCUUCCGCCACUCGCCGGCCAUGGAGUCGCCCAUCCAGUUCGACUUCGACCUCGUCCUCGGCUUCCGCCACGGCGUCAAGCUCAGAGCCAUCAGGAGGACGACGAGGGACUGA